CCCUUGAGUCAUAAUUAUUAACCUUCCAUUUCUGUUUAAAAGGUAACCACAAUAGGCACAGAGACUUGAAGCCAAACAGAGGCUAAAGCACCUUGAAAGCAAGGCAAACAGAUUGCUGCAAUAGAUGCACCAACUGAACUUGGCUGGUCCAGCAGACAUGAGGCUAGAACAUGCUUAAAGGUUAUAUGGCCGAUUGAAAGAGAACUGAAGGAUAAACAUAGAGUUGAGUUGAGAACUACAUUCUUAUUCAUAAGGGAAGAUGAUCCUUUUGUAGCUUUCAUCCCUAACAGUAAAGCAAGCCCAAACUUCUACACGGACAACUUGCAACUUUUGGAUACAAAAGAAGGAAGAAAUCAGUCCCAAAACAACAAAUUAUUAAUUUCACCAAAGUGCAGGCAACAUUCCAAAACCACAAAUGUAGCCAUCCCAUCCCAGCAUUGACUUGGAAUCCUAUCGCCCGUCUUCAACAUCUGAGAUACAAGCAUCGAGAACCCCGAUCAAUGAGAGGACGACCCGUGGUGCGAGGAAGGCGUGCCAACCCUAUCGUAGAUUUGCUCGCCGACGAGAUAAAUGCCGAAGGCGACAAGCGCGAUGCCGAGCCCAGGAGUCGCGUGGCGGAACUGCUUGAUCAUCAUGGGGUGCUUCCUCCAUUCAUCCCUUCGCCGGAAGAAUUCCCCGGUCGUUCCCAACUGCUUUCCCAUCUUCUUCUUCUCCGAUUUGACUACCGUGUGUCCCCUCUCAAUUUCUCCGGUCUCCCUGCUCUCAAAUGUGUUGGCUCUGGAAAUUGGGAAUCCUCCCAAAUUCACAGCAGCGCGAUGCCCACGUGGGCCAAUGCUUUUCACGGCCCAGUACAAUAUGAGCUAGGCUCAAGCCCAUUAAAGUUGUGUGCUUUAAGAAAAGAAAAGAAAUUAGGCAGCCAUUGGUGGUUAAGUCGGACGACAAAAGUUGACCGGCGAUUGUCCUCCGUUUAUCUGGAGUACGAAUAUUUUAUUGAAAAAUUGAGGCGGCAGGGGAGAAACAGAGGAGUCUAAUUUAGACGACGGUGGUUGGUGAGAUUACAAAGGCAAAGUUCAGGUUUUGGAUACUGAAUUACUGAUAGAUAGACAGGCUGAGGAAGACAGAGCCGGGUGGCAGCAAAAGAGAGAGAGAGAUGUCGAUUACUCUGCAACUUCGUCUUCUUCCCAAUCACACCACCUCCAAUCAUUCAUCUGCACCUGCUACUACUACUACCCACUCCACAUUCCUUUCUCUGCCUUCCAAUCUCUCAAUUGCUGCUUCUUCCUCUCUGUCCAACUCUUCCUCCCUUGCCUUCCACCCAGUUCACAAACUCAAUUCCAUUCAGAAGCCCAGAUUCUCCCCCAUCAGAUGCUCCGCUGCCCAGGAAAAUGGCUCUGGAGCUGUGAAAGAGCGGAGUGUUUCAGUGGUUCUGUUAGCUGGAGGACAGGGCAAAAGAAUGGGUGCGAGCAUGCCAAAGCAGUAUCUCCCACUUGUCGGCCAACCAAUUGCUCUCUACAGUUUCUUCACUUUCUCGCAGAUGAUUGAAGUGAAGGAAAUCAUUGUGGUUUGUGAUCCAUCCUACAGGGACGUCUUUGAAGAUGCCACAGAAAGGAUCAACAUUGACCUUAAAUUUGCACUGCCUGGGAAGGAAAGACAGGAUUCUGUCUACAGUGGUCUUCAGGAGAUAGACCUCAGCUCUGAGCUGGUUUGCAUCCAUGACUCUGCAAGACCUCUGGUGUUGGCAGCUGAUGUGAGGAAGGUCAUUAAGGAUGCAUCAGUGAAUGGAGCAGCAGUGCUCGGUGUGCCUCUCAAAGCAACCAUUAAGGAGGCAGAUGGCAAGUCAUUUGUAGUGCGAACUCUUGACCGCAAAACACUAUGGGAGAUGCAAACACCACAGGUUAUCAAGCCAGAAGUGCUCAGGAAGGGCUUCGAGCUAGUCAAUAGGGAAGGCCUAGAGGUGACGGACGACGUUUCAAUUGUAGAGCAUCUAAAACAUCCCGUUUUCAUCACUGAAGGAUCAUACACUAACAUCAAGGUUACAACCCCGGAUGACAUGCUGCUUGCUGAGAGGAUUCUGAACAUGAAUUGAGCUCCAGUGGAGAAGUCUUGAGUUUUCAAAUGAUUGUUUGCCUACUGUUCUUUUGAGGCCUAACUAGGAAAGGAAAAUAAACAGGAUGUAGACGAUCGAUCAUUUAUGCACUGAUGAUAAUUCAUGAAACUUGAACUAUUCAAAUGAGAACAACCCAGAAUGAAGACCAAAUCUACAACCUUGAUU